AUGCCCUGGGGGAACGGCUCGGUCGCCACUAGCCGCCUGGAGCCCCCGGCGGCGGAGCAGGAGGCGCCGGGCGAGCGGCCCCCCUUCAGCGCCGGCACCUACGAGCUGCUGGCGCUGCUCAUCGCCACCAUCGGCGUGCUGGGCUUGUGCAACAACUUGCUGGUGCUGGUGCUCUACUACAAGUUCAAGCGGCUCCGCACGCCCACCAACCUCUUCCUCGUCAACAUCAGCCUCAGCGACCUGCUGGUGUCCGUCUUCGGCGUGAGCCUCACCUUCAUGUCCUGCCUGAGGAGCCGCUGGGUCUGGGACGCCGCCGGCUGCGUCUGGGACGGCUUCAGCAACAGCCUCUUCGGAAUUGUUUCAAUUAUGACUCUCACUGUUCUCGCCUAUGAACGCUACAUUCGAGUAGUCCAUGCAAAAGUGAUUGACUUCUCCUGGUCUUGGCGGGCUAUCACAUACAUCUGGCUCUAUUCAUUGGCCUGGACUGGAGCACCUCUUUUGGGCUGGAACAGAUACACACUGGAAAUUCAUGGAUUAGGUUGCUCAGUGGACUGGAAGUCAAAAGACCCCAAUGACACCUCCUUUGUGCUCUUUUUUUUUCUUGGCUGUCUGGUUGUACCUGUUGUGAUCAUGGCCUAUUGCUAUGGACAUAUUCUAUAUGCAGUAAGAAUGCUUCGCUGUGUGGAAGAUUUUCAGACUGUUCAAGUGAUCAGACUUCUAAAAUACGAAAAGAAGGUGGCUAAGAUGUGUUUCUUAAUGAUCUCUACCUUCCUUAUUUGUUGGAUGCCCUAUGCAGUGGUCUCCCUUCUAGUAACAUAUGGCUAUGGCAACCUUGUAACUCCAACAGUAGCUAUCAUCCCAUCGUUCUUUGCCAAGUCAAGCACUGCUUAUAAUCCAGUCAUCUAUAUUUUCAUGAGUAGAAAGUUUCGACAAUGCCUUUUGCAACUCCUGUGCUUUCGCUUGAUGAGAUUCCAGAGGACUGCGAAAGAGACCCCAGGAGAAGGGAAUGACAAACCAAUACGACCAAUAGUAAUGUCUCAAAAAGGAGGGGACAGGCCAAAGAAGAAAGUGACGUUUAGCUCUUCCUCUAUCAUUUUUAUUAUCACCAGUGAUGACACUCAGCAAAUAGAUGAUAACAGUAAACACAAUGGAACAAAAGUAAACGUCAUCCAAGUAAAGCCACUAUAGCUGAAGAGUCACUGGAAACUGAUGGACUGUUUCAGCUGGAGACUGGCUUCAGUGAUAGUGCCAGUGGGCUGCCAAGCAAGCCAUAUUCAUCUGUGAAAUACUGAGGUAAUUCUGCAUCUGAAGCUCUGCAGACAGUUGGGUUUUGGUCACAACACAGACAUCUCUGCAUCUGUGCUGAACUUGUGGAUGGAUGUUUUUACUCUGAAUUUUCUUAAA